AUGGAAGCAGAAAACCAAACAAAUGUGGCAGAAUUCCUCCUCCUGGGUCUCUCCGAGGAUCCAGAACUGCAGUCCUUUAUCUUUGGACUUUUCCUGACCAUAUACCUGAUCACUCUGCUUGGAAAUCUGCUUAUCAUCCUGGCCAUCUGCUAUGACUUCCACCUCCACACACCCAUGUACUUCUUCCUCUCCCAACUCUCCUUCAAUGACAUCUGUUUCAGCACCACCACGGUCCUCAAGCUUCUUGUGAACAUCCAAAGACAGAGCAAAUCCAUCAGUUACACUGACUGUCUCACUCAGGUGGGCUUCGUUCUAUUUUUUGCAGGCUUGGAAAAUUUUCUUCUUGCAGCAAUGGCUUAUGACCGUUAUGUGGCCAUCUGCCAUCCACUGACGUACAGAGUCAUCAUGAACCCAUGCCUCUGUGGCCUGCUUAUUCUACUCUCUCUGAUCAUUAGCAUUGCAGAUGCACUCCUCCACAGUCUGAUGGUGUUACGACUGUCCUUCUGCACAGACCUGGAAAUCCCUCAUUUCUUCUGUGAACUUGCUCAGGUCAUCAAGAUUGCCUGUUCUGAUACUCUCAUCAAUAACACCCUAGUAUAUUUAGUGACUAGCAUAUUGGGUGGUGUUCCUCUCCUUGGGAUUGUUUUUUCUUACACUCAAAUUGUCUCUUCCAUUCUGAGAAUACCAUCAACUGGGGGAAAAUAUAAAGCCUUUUCUACCUGUGGAUCUCAUCUCUUGGUUGUUUCCUUAUUCUAUGGCACCGCCUUUGGUGUGUACAUUAGUUCUGCAGUUACCCACUCUUCCAAAAAGACUGCAAUAGCCUCAGUGAUGUACACUGUGGUCCCUCCAAUGUUGAACCCCUUUAUCUAUAGCCUGAGGAACAGGGACAUGAAUGAAGCCUUGAAGAAACUAAUCUGA